GCCAGGAAAGGCCCAAUUGCCAAGCAAACAGACCAAGCCUACAGCCCCAAGUGUCCACUGCCCAAUAUCCAGCAGCCUUGACUCUAUCUUCCAGAUUGGAAACGUCGUCACACCCUAUCCGGACCGCGAGCAGGGAAGCAGCAGAGGCACGUCGCCACGCCGGACUGCCAUCGGCCAGGGCUCCCGGAGAGAGCUCGUCCCGCCGUCCUCCGUCUGUCGUCCGCCUUUCCGACUCGUCAUUCUAAACCUAAUGGCGAGGAAGAAAAUCAAGACCCGCGGCAACGAUAAGAACGUAGCUGAAGCAUCUCAUCAGAUAUUGCAUGAUGAUAUCAUCUCUCACAUCCUGAAAAGGCUUCCCGCCAGAGUGCUAAUGCAAUUCAAAUGCGUCUGUAAAGAUUGGACGCGUUUAAUACGAGAUCCGGAUUUCACAGAAUCACAUCUGUCGCAUUCCCGGGCUCAGCCUACAGUCUCUUAUGUUCUUUGUAUGACCAAUACUGGGGCGUUUGCAGCAGAUCAAAGUCUCGUUCUAAAAAAUUCCUGGGUUCCCGCAAAUCCAGACCUGUUUCGCACUCAUAUGCCUUGCUCCAACUCCGUCAAUGGACUCAUCUGUUUCGGCAGCAGAGGACGGCGUCCUGGAAGCCGCAACAGCCACAACAUAGUUUACAAUCUGUCCACAGGGGAAAAAAGAGAUCUGCCGCAGCCGCCGAUUCCUGGAAUUUUCAGUACAUAUGCACUUGGCUUCGAUCCUGCCAAAAAAAAGUACAAAGUGCUUCACUUCGGCCCAAUUGGCGGCGGCCGAAUUUACGGCCAAAUUCGAGGUUGCCAAAUUUUCACCUUAGAAAGAAACUCAUCGUGGAGAUCUCUGAGUCAUGUACCAAACUCACCAUAUCCGCUCAUUAGAUUGAAUUCGAUUUAUCUUGACGGAAAAAUAUACUACUAUGACCAAAUCCAUAUCCGUUUCUUCGAUUUGACAAGUGAGAAAUUUGGGACCAUUGAACCCCCCCCAUAUUUCUCUCCAUUUUACAAUACUCCCCCCCGAUUAAUAGAGGCCGGAUCAAAUUUGGGGGUUGUGUCUUGGCGCAAUGCAGUCCCGCAUCCGGAGUGCUCAUUUUGGGUCUUGGAACAAAAUUGGUCUUUGAGGUGCACAUUUUCGAUGAAGUUUGAGAAGAUUUGGGGAUCAGUUGGUAGAAGUGUGCUCCUACUAGGAAGAGAAGAUCUGUUUUUGUUCGAUGCCAAUGCUCGCACUCGUAAGAAGCUUAAGAAGGCGAGGGAUGAAUAUACACACGUCUUAUGCAAUCAUGUGGAAAAUAUUUAUCCUCUCUCAACUACCCAAUAGAGAUGUUUUCGAUGCAGACUCCAGAGGUAGUAACAUCCUCUACCAUCUAUAGGUGCAGAUGCUUUUAUUUAUAUUAAGAAUUUACAAUAUGUAGUUUUAGAAAUCUAUUGAAUAACCUUUUUAAAGUAAAAGAUCAUCGCACUAACAAGUUCAAGCUGAAAUAAAAGUUAAAUGCAUUUUGACCACAUGUGCUACGUUACCGUUUACUAGGCUUGUUUGUACUUAAGUUAUUGAAAUUCUUACAUAUUGUGACCAAAAUAAAAAUUGAUUAAGAGACUUAUAUGUAGUGACUUUAGUUAAAGUAACUUAUAUGUAGUGACUCAAGGAUACAUAGAAAUAUAUAAUUAUGCUUUGAUAAUUCUAACAUCUUCUUCUGAACUCUAAUCUCUUUUAGUAGUUGAUGAUCCAGAAGUAUUAGAAUUAUCAUGGACACUUGGGGAUUCAUUUCCCUUCCUAUGUGUGUAGUACAAGUUUCAGUGGUUUCACUUGAAACAAUAGGAGGGUUAAAAAAAUUGGAAUGAGAUGUGAGAUCCUUAAUGCAGGUUAGUAUAAUUCUGGAGGAUAAGAGUCAUUCGAUCAAUGCAUUAAGCUGAUACGGAGGCUGAAACUUAUGGCUUAUGCCUUAUGGGACUAAAUUGAUUUGGAAUAUUGUUUGAGAACCGAUUAUACCCUGGAUCUAUGUCAAAAUUGUACUAUACAACACAUCAUCAAUUAAAUAAAGAACCAGAGAUUGUUUUUGUCCUAUAAAAUAGUUGAGAAAUGUUUUAUUUCCUAACAAUUAAUUUCAGUUUCUCUCGGAACAUAAUGGUGAAUGUAUUAGACACAUGAACUCCCAACCUAGUAACAUUCAGAAAUUUAUAGCACUGAUUUUAAAUAGCAGACAUUUUUUAUCAACCAAGAAUGAUUGUUUUCUGUAUCUGUGUAAUAUGAGCAGCCUUAACAUUUAAAUUCUCAAAAUUUAAAGUGGAAAAUAAUUUAAAUAUCUCAAACUUUAUAUAAAAAGUUAUUUCCGCACCAUUAUUGUAUGUUUUUUACAAAUACAAAUUUAUUGGAAUAAUUACAUAAUUUAUAAUACUAUAUUCAUUAUUAAUAAGUAAAUAAUAUUUUUGAAAUAAAUAAUAUUACAUCUGGGACAAUUUAAGUUUCAUAGCAUCCUCAUAAAUAUAUGGUUUGUGUAUUUUAAUCAUGUAUUUAAUACCAGAAAGUUAUAUUUGUGAAUAAAUAUAUGAUCAUGGUGCUAAUAUAACUUUUUAUAUAAAAUUUGGGGUAUACAUAUUACAUGUGCAAGUUUGGAGUACUUAUCUCACACCCCUUCAAAGUUUGUGAUAUUUAAAUUAUUUUCCCAAAUUUUGAAUUUAAAUUGUAGUUACAUUACUCAAUGCUUACAAAGCUUUGUCACUGCAAAUAUGAUUGGCAAAUUUCAAUAUUUGAAAGUAUUGCAUGCCAGUAAGAUUUGAAACAACUCAUUUUGUUUGACUAAGGUAAAACCAACAUAGUACCUACUUGGGAAUGAUCUUUACCACAAAUCAUUAAAAGUUGCAGCUAAGGAUCCAGAUUCCAGAAUUGCACACCGAGAUCCACAAGCAUGGUUCAAUGCAACACGCUAUGGGGGCAGGCCAGGGCCUUCUGCUUCUACAACUACUAAGAGUUCAAAGAACAAGAGCAGUGAUCUGAAGUAUGAUAUAUUUGGAUGGGUUAUACUUGCUGUUGGUAUUGUUACAUGGGUUGGAUUUGCAAAAUUACAGGUUCCUCCUCCUCCCAGAUAAGAUCUCCAUAUGCACCUCCUCCCAUGAUAUUUGCUGGAGAGUGAUAAAAGAAAGUACUCCUGUUUUGGUUGGUUAUGUAUUGACCUCGUCGAAGCUAGACUUUUAUGAGACUGCUCCCAUUGGAUUUUUAGCUUUGGAUGUGCUUUAUGGCUUUUUAUGACUUCAAAAAAAUAUGUAUUCUGGAACUUCUAUAUUUCACCCGUUUGGGAUAAAACAUUACGAGUAAUUAAUGAUACUAUGCAUUAAACAUUUAAACCUUCA